GAGGCAGCGCCCCGCGCCAGCGCUUCCCGGUGCGCAGGAAGCGCCGCAGCCCGCACGGCCGGCGGGGCGGGCCUUCCCUGUCGGCUGCUCUGGAAUUUCAGUUCCCGGAGUAACCCGCCACAAAAUAUCCCGUGGUGGGUAAAUAAUUACGGGUCGCAGCGAGGAUUUACCUCUACAUACAACUCGGACCCUGAUAAAGCAGGCAUGUUUCAUCUCGUACAGCGAUGCUGCUUCCGCACACCUCUCCGACUACAGAAGUUAACUGGUCCCAGACUACUCCUGCACGGAAAGAAUAAGACAAGCUGCUCCUCUCCCAGCCUCUCUCUGCAGAGAAACGUUUGUCUUCUCUCAAGACCUCUGAGCCUCAGCAGAGCAUCAGUGUGUGCAGUCAAGCUCCAGGCUUUUCACACCUCUUUCCCACUCUUAAAGAAAAAGCCUCCCCAAGAACCUCGCCGAGAGCCAGGCCUGUUGCAGCAGAGCAUGAAAUCACUCAAGGAGUCUCCGAAGCCAGCCCUUUACUUAAGCCUUGCAGGGCUAAUUCCAUUUGUUUCUGUGCCGCUAUUAAUGGUUAUCCAAAGGACAUACCACCCAGAGCUGGCGUUUCUUCAGGUUACGUAUGGUGCUGUAAUUGUCUCUUUCAUAGGGGGAAUGAGGUGGGGAUUUGCCAUCCCAGAAAACAGCCCAGCCAAGCCAGACUGGCUGAACCUGGCCAACAGCAUCAUUCUUCCUCUGCUUGCCUGGCAAGCCUUGCUUUUUAAAGAUAUCACUAGCAGUACAGUAAUGCUUGUAAUCAGCUUAGGGAUAGCACUACACUAUGACCUCUCCCUUCUUCCUACCUAUCCUGUUUGGUUUAAAGGACUGAGGAUAGUGGUAACAGUGGUGGCAGCGUUCUCACUAUUAGCUACUUUAGCAGUGAAGAUGGUUUCAGAGAAUGAGCUAAUUAACAGCAGACCUAAAAGGCAGAACACAAAACAAUGAAGCAAGCGGAAAAAGCUGUUUAUUUGUUAAUAAGGUAUUUGUAUUGAAGUCCUAGGGAAAUAAAGACUUAUUUGUGCUUAGAAGUCAUAAGAUGGCAUUGAUCAAGAUGCUUAUUCUUGAAGCAAGUAAGGUCAUAGCAAGUUUAGGAGGGAAGGAUUGUAAAUACUGAUCGCUUCCAAGGCAGGCCAGAAUCUGCCGUUACUUAUUGAACAAAGCAUCAUUCUUGAGUGAGAUUAGAUGAAUUUCAAAUGGAGAUUCAUGUGAUGUGGGUAUGAAUUGCUCUAUUCUGAAUCAUUAAAGUACCUGGUUUGACUAUACGUGGUAACGUUCUGUGGUAGGAAGAACAAUGAUGUUAUAGUCAUGUGUGUUCUAAAUAAUGUCAAGGUGAAAACAGUACAUUUAUCACUUAAAGAAAAAGAGAAAAAUUGUGCAGAAGUUCAUACACCUUCACUUCCUAUUUUGUGGAAGUGUGGAAAAAAAAACCACCAAAAACUACCUUAUUUCAAUUUGAGAUGAUGUCAAGAGCUUAAUCACGUAGAACUUGAAGUGGAAAGAAAGGAUAGGCAAGGUUCAUUUGUGGUGGCAAGACAAGGUCAGAGUUCACCUAAAAUAUACCAUUAAGCUGCCAUAGGGAAGGCUAGGAGGGAAAACUUUAUAUCUUCAAUGAAGUGCAACAAAAAAGAUUAACUUACUAUUUAGACUUGAAUAAAAAGGAGAGCCAGCACAUGCGUUCCUACAUUUUGCUUGGUCUUAAGUUUAUUUAACCAAUGAAGCUGCUUGCAACACAUAAUCAUAAAGAACUGUCAUGUUCCUAAAUAUCCAUCAAUGCCUAAAUUCCAUCAGCUGCUGCUUGGUGUGACACACAUCUACUGCUAGCACUAAAGGAUCAGACCGUAGACUCGAAAGAAAUUUGUGUCUUCUCCAUCCUCAACAGUAGUUUUAUUUGAGCAGCCUGGGAAGGUACAAAUGCAGCUGUAGCCAGCAAACUCUCCACGAGUAGCUGAUUAUUGAUAAAACUUUGCACGUAAGUCUUCUUCCUAACAUAAUUUAGUGAAAGAAACAACAGCCUAUCAUAUGGAUUUUCUUUUCUAUCUUCAGCUACCUCAAGAAGCUCAAGACAUUGUAUGUGAGCAUAUUUACUGUAGGCUUUUUAUCUUAAAUGGUAAAUAUGGUGCAAGAUGCAAGAAGAAAGCCAAAAUGUGAUAUCUAUACACCCCCAGGACCCAUUUAGAUGAUCCUCCUCGUACUCAUAAAGCACUGGUCUUCACUGUUGAUUAUUAAAGAAUGAAGCACGUACCGUAACUUAAGUUUUAUCUGUUCAUUCUGCAAAGAACAAUUUAAGAGACCUCCCUAAAGCUAGUGCCAUCUUCACCUUCUGUGGUGGUGCUGAAACAGGAGCUGGGUCUGUGAAUCUCUAGUUUUCAUACCCUAUUAGCUUUUACAUGUUAACAGCAUCAUAUCCCUGAAUCAGCAGUAUACACCGAUGUUCACUGAAUAUACAAGAUAGAACAUUGUGUCUGCAAAUAAAAACAGUUUUUAUUCUUCCCUAAAGAUGACAGUUUUUUUUAAAUGGAUCUAGCUGAGAGUAUUGCCUUUGGUCUGAGUCAGGGAAAGACUUGCUGAGUGUCAGAGAGCAGUUGAUUACAGUCUCCAAGAUCCGCUCAAACAUCAAAAUCAACCACAAGAACUGGAGAGGGUAGCUUCGUACCAACAGCAGACUCCCUCAAGAUCAUCUAAACCAGAAAGUUUAUGGGAAAGGAUGAGAAGUGAAUGUAUAUAGUUCCCAAAUGAAUAAAAUACGGUGAAGGCAA